AUGACAGAAAGAGAGGAAUCUAUGAAAUACUAUCAUUCAAGAGAAUCUGAAAAUGAUGAGUACAAAAAGCCUAGUGUUGCAAUGAUGAGCAUUGUUUUAAAUUAACCACAUCCAGUAUGUAUUACAAAGCUAUUUUUUAUGCAAAAAACAUAGAUUUUAAAGCAGUUAGCCAGAGAAAAUAGAUUGAUAUUGAAUAAAAUCAGGGACCUUUGGUAUAAAAAUAAAAAAUUAUCAAAAGUUAACUGAUAAACCAAAAUGUUUACAAGCAGUAAAAAAAGAAUUUAGCAGAGAGGAACUUGAAGAAUAAGAUGGAAAAGUUCGAAAAAUAAGAAGCCNAGCAAUAGUUCAAUAAAGUAACUUCACAAAUUGUAAAAUAAAGAAAAUUGCAAAAAUUAAAUUUUUGA